AUGCACUUUUUCUUCCUUUCUGCCCGGAAUUUUGUGGCUAACUCAUCAUUGACGGUGACUUUUUUUUUUUUUUGGUCGGACAACGACGGUGACUUCAUUGCCCUCUUUCUGCUGGCAUACAGCCAUGGAAAACUCACACGGCUAGUAGCUCGUCAAGUUUUACUUAAGCUUAAGGUGUCUCCCGUACAUCUAUCCGAUCCUUUGGUCGGGAUCCAUCAGUCAGUGAAUGAAGUGAUAGAUCUGCUGAGUGUAGAAGCUAAAGACAUAAGGCUCAUUGGAUUAUGUGGAAUAGGUGGUAUAGGCAAGACAACUCUUGCCAAGGUUGUUUACCAUAAACUGUCAGCUGAUUUUGAAAGCUGUAGCUUUAUCCCAGAUAUUCGACAAGCAUCAGAAAGUUCCAGCUCUGGUCUUCUAAAUUUGCAAAGGCAAUUAAUACGUGAUAUCCUUGGGGACAAAAGAAUUGAGAUUUCCAGCAUCGAUCAAGGAAAAAAUAUGAUUAAAGCACGAUUUUGUAGAAAAAGAGUCCUUGUUUUCCUUGAUGAUGUAAAUGAUAGGAGACAACUUACAGCACUAGCAGAAAAGAGAGAAUGGUUUGGUUCAGGAAGUAGAAUUGUGGUUACAACGAGAGACAAAAGUGUACUGUCUGUGUUUGAGGAUAGUUUGGCUUAUGAAGUUGGGGAGCUAAAUAAUCUAGACUCUUUACAACUUUUUAGCAAGUAUGCAUUUAGAAGGAACUCUCCUCCGAUUCAAUUUCUUUGUCUAUCCGAGAAGGUUACAGCAAAAGCUGGGGGACUUCCUUUGACAAUUGAAUUGAUCGGUUCAUUUUUAUGCGGAAAAGAGAAAGCAGUGUGGGAAGAUACAAUAAAAAAGAUGGAAAAACAUCUUCAUAAGGAUGUGGAGACAAAGUUAAUGUUAAGUUAUGAGGCUUUAGAUGGCACGCAAAAGCAAAUAUUUCUUGAUAUUGCUUGUUUUCUGGCUGGAGAAAAUAAGAGAGAUGCAACCUAUAUGUGGGAUGACUGUGAAUUGUUUCCAGAUGAGGGGAUUGAAGUCCUACUUUUAAUGUCCUUAGUAAAAAUAGGAGCAAAGAAUGAGUUAUGGAUGCACGACCAGCUUAAGGACUUGGGUAGGAGCAUUGUACGUGGCGAAAAUCGCAACGAUCCAGGAAAGCGUUCACGAGUGUGGAAUCAUAAGGAAGCAUUGGAUGUGAUUGCCAAAAAGAAGGGAACUGAGUCUACUGAAGCAAUUUGUGUGGACUUAAGUGGAGCUCUUUUGACACCAGAAGAAUUUAAGAAAGUGCCAAAUGUAAGAUUUCUUGGAAUGACAAGCGGAAAUCUCUCCGGGGACUUUGAGGAUCUCUUUCCAGAAGUAAGAUGGCUUUCUUGGAAGAAUUGUCCUUCCAAUUUGCAAGCAACCAACUUUUGCCCCAAGAAUCUUCUCAUCCUUGACCUCUCGGGGACUGAAAUAACGGAGAGUUGGAACGGUUGGACUCAACUAGAGGUGGCUACGAGAUUGAAGGUCCUUAAUCUGUCAAAUUGCCGUAGGUUAAGGAUAACUCCUGAUCUCUCUGCGUAUUUGUCUUUAGAAAUAUUAAUUCUAGAGGACUGCAGGAGUUUGGUAUUGAUUCAUCGAUCCAUUGGUCAUUUAAGACGUUUAAAGCACUUGAAUCUGAAAAGAUGUUACCGUCUCCAAGUGCUGCCUGUUGAAUUAGGCUCACUGGAAACUUUGACUGAGCUGCUCAUAGAUCAGAAUAUUUCGGGGGUUCGAUAUGAUACCAUUAUUAACAAAACUUCCUGA